UGGGAUGCACUUGAACCCUAACCCUCUGCUGAUGAUGCCCCUGACAUCAUUGGUAAUCUGCUGAGAAAAAGUCUCGAUAAGCAAUCAUCGGAUCAUCGCAUUCGCCUCUCUCCCGCUCCUGGUCUGCACUUGGCAACCAACCCCAUACCGCCACCAUAAUGUUCUCGCGCGCGAUCCUGUCAAGGGUAAAUCGAGUUCCUUUGACUCCCAUGCACUCUCGUUUCCCUCCCACUAACCUCACUGCAGGCAGUCCGCCCGGCCUCGACGGCCUUCUCGGCGGCCCUCCGGCCAACGCCCGUCGCGGUCCCCUCCGCAGCAUCCACCGCCUCGCCGUCCACGACAUUUCUGCUCACACUGGCCGCCCAGCGCCGCCUGCUCUCGGACUCGGUGCGCCAGGCGAUCGACAAGGCCGUGGCGUCGGCGCCCGUGGUGCUCUUCAUGAAGGGCACGCCCGAGACCCCCCAGUGCGGCUUCUCGCGCGCCAGCAUCCAGGUGCUGGGCCUGCAGGGCGUCGACCCGAACAAGUUCGCUGCGUUCAACGUGCUGGAGGAUCCGGAGUUGCGGCAGGGUGGGUUUGCUCCUCCCCCGCCGCCCCACCCCCCGCUUUUGCGCUUCUUGGAUCAGGAGGGAGGGAGGCUGACCAGGCGGACAGGCAUCAAGGAGUACUCGGACUGGCCGACCAUCCCCCAGCUGUACGUCGACAAGGAGUUCAUCGGCGGCUGCGACAUCAUCGUGUCGAUGCACCAGAGCGGCGAGCUGGCGAAGCUGCUCGAAGAGAAGGGCGUGCUGGCGAAGGAGGAGGCGCAGGCCGAAGGGGAGAAGAAGGAAUGAUUUAAAGGUGUGGCGCGCACGCAGCAACUGUGUAUAUUUACGAAGAUACCACGAGCCCACAGCAUGU